AUAGACGGCAUACGAUGUGCACACAAUGGAAUCUAUUAGGACAACCGUCGUUACUCAAGAAAACCCACGCGUUUGUGAAAGCGGCCUAAGAGAGUUUUCCACAACUCACUAACACCGAUUCGCUGCUCGUGGCCACGCGAGUUUUCACGCACACACGCCUGCGUAGUGAAGUAAGCGGCUGAAACUAGGCGAGAGAUCGCGAGAGAGAGCGACAUCUCGCUUGCGCCCAGCCUCCCGUCCUAUUUCAACAGGUUUCGCCUUUCAGCAGUUGCAGCGAGAAACGCGUGCCUCUGCCUCUAGUAACACAGCACAAACAGUAAGAGGAACACACGUCGCGUUCGGAAACUGAAAACACAGUUUCACUGACAGCGUGGACAACACCUGACAUUCACCGCCGUCCUCCGACUUACGGUUGUUUAUCGCAUAUUAGUAAGAUGGGCUGACACGAUUCGCGAGAGAGAUAACUAUUUUUAAAUGCAUAUGGCCCGUAGCGGCGCGUGUUCAGUGGACGGUCGUAGUGCUCGAGAAAACCUCGCUAUCCCGCGGUCCCGCGUCCGCGGAGCGUAUGUCAGUCGUCACGUGCGAAACAUGAAAACUGUCAAACCUGACUGUGCCAAAAACAAUCAUCAAAUAAACCCUAUAUAGAAAAUAUGCUAAUGUUAUAAUAGAGUGCGUCCGAUGCGGUGGAAGGGAUGAUUGGAAUGUAGUUAUAUAGUUUUGUGAUGAAAGACAUGUAACGUUAGCAAGAUGUAAAUUUAUGCAUACUAUCAAUGUUUACCUCUUCAGUGUUGUGAAUAACGAUAUUAGUUUAAAUUAUUGUAGUGUACGGAGGAGCCGAUAUGGAGGGAAACUGCCGCAGAGUGGUUUUGCGGACGAUGUGGAACUGACGGCGAAGCAACCGGUUGUGAUAACGUAGGAUGUGUGGUUUCGACCACCCUCUGCUCAUGGACGUAUCAAUAAUAAUCAAGUCUGGUUGUAAAAUCAAUCCAUAAGUUGUGAUUAAAAGCUAGAAAAGCAAAGUAAUACUGAUAUAUGUAUAUUGAUAAAUGAUAACAUGUUAAGAAUUCGAGUACUUAAUAGAUACCUGUUCUGGUGUUCAUGUUUCUACUUCUACUGUUAGCGAUGUUACAAAGGUUGUCUGUGUUACAUUUAGGACUCGAUUUUUCCUGAAUUUCCCUCGAGGUUGUGAAUACUUAUAAUAAAGAACUGAAGCAAAAACUUGCAAGCUCCAUUAUCAUUGAGAUGGCGUUUGUGCUGGGUUGUUUUCAAAGUGAUACAGUGAAAGUACUUGGACAUAGAUAAAUUGUGUUUGUGAUAAGGAGAGGAAACCAAAGCAACCUUAACUGGUUAGAAUGUGUUGGUAGAGAGCGGUAGCAGUGGCCGAGAGACGAUGGCAGCCGUUAACUCGGUGGCAACGACGCGGCUGCCGCUGCCGACGUUCUCGCCGCGCGCGGUGCUGAUGUACAGCGCCGCGGUGGGCGGCGAGGGCGCGGUGGCGCUGCAGCUGCGGGAGGCGGCCCCCGGCGAGCUGGAGGGCGCCCGGCUCAGCCUGCACGACGACCGGCUCGCCAUAGCCUGCCACGAGCCGGAGCUGCUAGCCGACCUUCUGCAUGCGGCUGGUGCCGCUGAUAUUGAUGGGGAUCACGACGAGCUAAGUGCCCUAUUGGGAGCGGCCUCGCCGGAGCUCGGGCUGGCCUCCGACGCAUCUGAUAGCCUUCCACUCCCUGAUCAUGAUAAUGAAUGCACGACAUCAUCCUCGUCAUCAGGCGUGACGAAUAGUGUCGCGACAGUGUCGGUGGCGGUGGCGGGCCUGGAACGCUCGCCCACCAAGAAAGUGCGCCCCAAGCCGUGCUCACCCAACCGUCAGGGCCCCCAGCAGUGCCAAGUAUGCAACAAGAUCUUCGGUAACGCAUCGGCGCUCGCCAAGCACAAACUGACGCACAGCGACGAACGCAAGUAUGUGUGCAUCACUUGCGCAAAGGCCUUCAAGCGGCAGGACCAUCUUAACGGGCACAUGCUAACACACCGUAACAAGAAGCCGUACGAAUGCAAAGCAGACGGGUGCGGCAAAUCGUACUGCGAUGCGAGAUCCCUGCGCCGGCACACGGAGAACCACCACCAACCGUCAGGCUCAAAAACCUUAUCAUCCAGUGAAUCAUCACAAUCAGUAGUAAAAAAUCGUUCUAACAACACUGUCGCAAGCGCACCGAGCGCCGAGCGCGAGUCCGCCUCCCAGCGGCUAGCGUCGCCGGCGUCACCACCCAGAAACUACCCGCCACACUCGGAUUCAAGCAACUCCGGGUCCGAGAAGUCGACGAGCAGUCGGAGCGGCAGCCGCGGCGGCAGCGACAGCAGUCCGCCGGGCACGCCGCCCGCGCCGCCGACACCUCCCUCUCGGACCAAGCUGACCAAGCCUCCGACCAAACCUAAGACGACUACCGCGCAGCAGGGGAGUCAGAAAUGUGGCGGCGCGGCGAGUGCGAGCGGGGGCGGCAGCGGGGCGAUGAGCGGAGCGGGUGCGGGCGCGGGCGGCGGCGCGGUGCGCGGCGAAGUCAAGCCUGUGGAGUGCAACUUGUGCCAUCGGAAGUUCAAAAAUAUACCCGCUCUCAAUGGCCAUAUGAGAUUACAUGGCGGAUAUUUUAAGAAGGACUCUGAUAGUAAAAAACUGGAUAAAAAGGAAUCUACGGGACCUCCACUACAAACGGCGUCUGUAUCCGUGCGAGCACUUAUAGAAGAGAAAAUUAUCAGCCGGCGAGGCGCAAUAACAAUCUCUCCAGGUGUAGGCAAUACGGAUACGACGGCGGGGGGCGCGGGGUUCGCAACGCCCGCCCCGCCGCCGCUGGCGCCCGCGCGGUCGUCGGCGUCGCCCGUCUCUCCCGCCGCCAGCACGGCUCAGUUCGUACCGCCGCGCGCCCCACCCGCUACCACUAUUGCCCCCAACACCACCGCUGCAACCGCCACCGCCGCGCAGAGAGACUCCACCCUCAUCGAGCUACUAAAAAGAGGCAACUCAAAGGUUGUGAAACGUUCGACGUCGGAUCCGGGGCAAUCAUCACCUCAGCAGGAGUUCACUUUUAGACCCGAACUAUUCGGAGUUUCUUUCAACUCUGACGAUGGCUACUUCUCGCCCGCGCUAAACGAGGAUACUUUCCAAUUUACAACGACACCGGAACAGUUGGAAGAACUGGCGUCAUUAGAGGACUAUGCGACGGUAGCCGCGUCCAUUAGAGAAAGAUCUCCGGUUACUUUCCCGUCUAGUCGACGCCUUGCAGCCGUUUUGAACUCGCCGCUCCCUGAAUCAUUAGCUGAUUUUGGCGCUUGUCACGGCGGCUCGCCAGUACCGUCACCUGGUAUUGGCUAUACUGCAAACUCCCCGGGGCUAUCCUACUCUACCGGGGAUUCCCCAGGAUUAGCUUACACGGCGACAUCUCCUGGCGGGAGCUAUUCGACGCAACCAGAACCGUCGCCUGGAUUAGCGUAUCCGACACCGCCUGCUUCUCAUGAUGCUCAUUCGCCAGCGCAUACAGUGCCGCGUGUAUCGUCGCCUUUAUCUGCUGCCUUCUUUACGGCAACGAUGUCAAGUCAAGAGGAGGUGGAAGAAGCUCUAGAGGAAGUAUUACCCGAAGAAUGUAGAUCACUUGAUGCGUACUCUUUGGAGCCAUCCCCUAUGCCGCGCCGUAUAAUGCUCAAUUCUGAAGACCCGCUCUUAUCGAGCAGUCCGCGGGACUUCUCGAAUCAAAGGCCUCCGCGUCGAUAUAGUCGCCUGCCAUCAACAUCAUCUUUAACAAACGCCGUACAUCAAUGGCAGCAUGAAGCAAGUUCUCUUCAGGUUUGCAUAGAAGGCCAGACAGUGCCAGCAGUGUUCCUAAGCCCGAGCAGCGUGCCCGCGUCGCCGCAGCGUCGCAAGCGUCGCGCGUCGCCCGCGGGCCCGUACCGCACCCGCAUGCGGCGACAUCUCAGCCACUACACCCCGCAGCCACUCCUGCCGCCGGACAGAGAAGGCCCUGGCCUUUUUAUAGAACUUACAGCAGGUCUUCCGAGUAUGGAAACCGACAUGCUAACGCAGCUGGAGGAGCCCCAGCAGCCAACGAUCAACAUCGGACAGGAGCAUCAAGCGGACAUACCGGAGAUGUGCAACGACCGGAUAGACCUCCAUCGGGCUUCGGAGCAACUGCUGUGGGACCCUGGCAUCAAUGACGCGCUUGAUGACAAUGAAGUCCGCAUGUUCAUGGAGCUGGCUAUGUGCGCGGCCAUGCCGGUGGGCGGGCACACGCGCGAGUUCGCGCUGCAGGUGCUGGGCGAGUGCGGCGGCGACGUGCGCGCCGCCACGCUGCGGCUCAUGUCGCGCCCCGCCGCGCCCGCGCAGCACGAGUCGCGCUGGGCGCCCGACGAGGUCGAGGCCUUCCUUGCCGGCCUGCGUCACUACGAUAAGGACUUCUACAGGAUUUCCCAGCUGAUAAGAACCAAAGACUCGAAGCAGUGCGUACAGUUCUACUAUUUCUGGAAGAAAGUUACCAAAGACUACAAGAUGCUGUACUUGAGAAGCUGGAACAUGGAACAGCAGUUGUCCACACAAGGUCAGCCGCCGGCCUCGUGCGCCGCCGCCGCGUCGCCCACGCCCUUCGAGGGCGAGGAGUUCCCGUGCAAGAUCUGCGGGAAAGUAUUUAACAAAGUAAAAAGUCGUAGCGCGCACAUGAAGUCGCACCGGCCACUCGACGCCGAGCCGAAACGGCCCAAACUCGAAAAGCCUUAUGAAAAGGUCGAGCGAUCCGACGAGCGGCACGCGACUGCUGAUUACCAAUGCAAACCGCCCGCGCACUCUCUGUAACCGACCCCUUGUCACUCCCGGCGACUAACUCGCGCUCGGCCUCGCUCAGUGUCUGUGCUCUACUCCGCCGAUACCGGCGAGCAGGCCUCGGCUACCGCACUAGCGGCGCCGUAUGCCGCGAGGCGGCCUCGCGCGCCCCGAGGACAAAAUGCUGAAUUGUUUAAGCAUUUAUUAUAAUUAUUACAAAUUAAAUAGAAUUAUAGAUAAAUUAAAAAGUGAUCUAGUUGAGAGCGACGUAGUGGCUAGUAGCUAGAGAAGAGUUAGCUUGGGUAAACUGAACGAUUAGCUUAAUAAAACUACUAAUUAUUCGAAAUUCUCGUAUUGCUAAGCUUGAAGAGAUCGCAGAAACAUAUUUUGUAUAACGAUUGAUACAUAGAUAGAUAGUUCUUCGUAAAGUUUUUUAUAAGACACUACGACUUCUAAAUGUGACUUUGCAAGUGUGAUGUUGUACAUAGAGAUAUAACAGCUCGGCGCGGACGCCGCUAAGACCGGCGCCGCCGAGCUCUAUUUGAAUGAUAAUGAAACUAUAAAAGUAUUACAACUUCGAGUGUGAUACUUAUAGUGUAGUAACUACACUACCUCGUCUUACUCGACCGUUUCAUUUCAUUGCGAGCUCAGCUCAUUAAAUUACGUUUGCUCGUUUGCUCAUCUCGUUGUUAUUUAUUCUUAGUCAUUCGUUUAAGUUUGGUUCUAGUCGCGUUAGACAUCAUUAAACGCACUUAAGUCUCACGCCACUCGGGUUUAGACAACGAUAAGAGAACUGUAUCAAAUCAGCAUCCAUGCCGAUACCCAUUGCCCAACUUGAACCCAUAUUCAGAUUUUUAAUGAUAUCAAUUUGAUUUGAAAUUUAAAAUAAUGUCGAUGAUAAUAAUCUUAAAAUGUGAAUAUGUGUCUUGUACCGGAGCUAUGCACAAUUGCACAUGUAGAGGAGAGAUCGCAGGCGCUCGGCCUCGUGGCCGUCGGCCUCGCCGCACGCCUCGCAUCUCUGUUCAUUCCACUUGCUCGUUCACUGAAGAAAACAAAAUAAUGGAGGGAUACUAAUAUUUUUUUACACAAAUAUUAUUAAAAUGCUCAAAUGUUCUAUAUUUUAUGUUGAUAACUUAUUGAAUAGUUCCUUAUUGAUUGUUCUAAAUAUGGUAUUAUUUAAUAUUUGAAUAGUUAAUUUUUGAUUGUAGUAAUAUUUUCUAUUUAUGAAUGUAAUGUAAUUCUAUAUUAUACGUGUAGAUCCGUGUUGUGAUAUGUAUUGUUGUUUCAGAGAUCUGUAAGUACUGUAUCGUUUGAAGGAAUGUACAAAUCGGGCAAUAAUGUCGUUGCUCAAGCCUACUCUAUGUAAUGUACCGACUCGAUGUGUGUCCACCCGACUCGUGGGUCCGCGGCCCGCGACCCGCGACGGCUCCUCUUAAUACUAACGUAAUAUUUUGCGGUUGUGACCUCCUCGAUCGACUUACUGUUGUCUUCCGAAAGUACUUUUAACAACCGACUCAAUAUUAAUUUUGGGGCAAUAUUCCUUAUAAAAGACAUGUUAAUACCUUCGAAUUAUUUAUUAAUAUUAUUAACACUUCACUGUUUAGAUUAACAUUUAACAUUACGGAGUAAAUGAAAGGCGUGUAACGCUGGCAGUAUUAUGAUUAUAACUCGAUUCUUGGAAAUAAUUUAUUGUGGGAUUAGUCCCGAAACGAACAUUGAGAUAUGAAUUUAUUCUUCUGAAAGUUUACUGGAUAUUCGUUUUCCUUCCAUGAGUACCUGAAAUGGCCAGAGGGCGCCUCGAAGAGUUUCUUUAUCGGCGCGGUGUAGUGUAAGCCGCUGCAUUAUGCCGGCUACAUACGUAACGAUAAAUCGUAGCGAUUAAACUGUGCAGUCCGAACUGCGCAGUUUUAUCUACCGUGUGUAUAACAAAUCGUAACGAUGAUCGAGAACGAUUUGUCAUACACACGGUAGAUAAAACUGCGCAGUUCGGACUGCACAGUUUAAUCGCUACGAUUUAUAGUUACGUGUGUAGCCGGGGUUAGCUGUAUUCGUCGCGAACGGCUCGCGUCGCGUCGCGUGUCGGUAGGCUGUAUUAUAUUAUAUUGCAUCACAUACUCGUGAUCAUUUGGUUGUGUAAACGAACGGUUGUCUGCUCUCACUUACGUUCUGUAAUGUAUGCCAAACAUUUGCCAAAACUAUUUGUGACUAGACUAAAUAAGUAUGCCAAAUUUAGAUUAAUUAUAUACCUAGGACAGAGUGUUGAAUGUUCAACGUAGAAUUGCAUCAGAGAAUUGUUGUUUUAGACUAAGGCGAGGCUUUAAGUAAAACCCCAGAUGUAAAUGAAUAAAUACUUCGAUAUCGCUAUGAAUAUAUGCCGGUUAUUUUAUAAUAGCGAGAGGGUUCAAUUAUUCAUGACUCAUGACUAGUGCUAUCGGAUAGAACAGAGUACGCUACGAAAUAUUCUUUAUUUGUCGGCAUUCAGAGUAUUAUUUUCAUAAAACAAAUUAACUCAUAAACUUGCUAUUAUGUAAAUAAUUAAUAUUUUUUCAAAUUAAAUUUAUCGUACCGGAGAUAGGUCUACUACAUAAAAUUACAAUUUAUUGAAGACAAAGUCCCUCCAGAGAUAAUUUAACAAUACUCUUAGCUAUUAAGACUGAAAGGUACUCUCUAGUAAGAAGUCUAUGCGUUAAUUUCACAAAAAUAUAAGAUUAUAUUCUAUGUUCUACGUUUAUUAUGAUUUAUUACUUUUAGUACAUCAUCGCCGAGUCACUAGCCCAUUCCAUGUGCAACUCGUCAUACUAGUCAGGGUGUAGCUUUACAUUACGUAUCCCCGGGAUACAUAACAUACGAGUACGCCGUCGCGACCACCGUACCGUACGGCAGGAGCCGUACCGUACGGCAGGAGCCGCGCGCAGUUAUCUGUACUCAAGUAUUCAAACAAACUUCGCUAAGUCUACUUUAGAUUAAAUUAUAAGGACGACAAUUGAACUAUAUUAUUUCAACUUAAAUAUAGAAGUGCCUUACGAUUUUAUUUUAGUAUAAUAAUUAUUUUUGUUUUCUGUUAUUUUAGAACAGACACAAAGAAUAAGCACUGGAAAUUUGCAUUUAUUUGUACGAUCCACCUCCACCCUGCGCGCGCAGGGUGCCAGGCGGGUGGGUCGGGUUGGUUUCAUCUUUACUAACAAAUCGUUAUCGGUUUAUCGAAAAUAUAUUCUAGAAAUAAAUUUUAAAUAUUAAUAAACACAGGCCUAGGAAGGAACGUUUGAAAGACAUGCCGACGACUGCUUCCCUGUCUAGCGAUUUCCACCGAGCCUCUUAGUAUUAGCUGCAUCAGGCGUAGUAGCAAUGAAGUAAAACAAUAAUGAUGUCAAGUCAAUUUCGUGAAGUGUAGCUUAGAUGAUGAAAUAGGCACCUAAUUAUACAAGACACUAGGUACUGCACAACAACCGAACGGACAGACGAAACAGCGCUCGCGUUCAACUACCGAAUGUUAUAGUGUCACUAAAUGUUUUCUUAGUUUAAUGGACUCCUACAAUGUAUAAUCGCUUAGUAAUUGUUCUAUCUGACUCCUUGUUUUCUAUGGUCCCGAAUGCGGUACUCAUUGUAAAUGUAUUUCAGUAUUUGUGUCAAAAACAAAAAAAAAUGUGAAAUGUUACUAUAGUAAAUAUUUUAUAAGUCUAAAUGAAUAUAUAUUCUUCUAAUUUUGUAUGGAAUAAAGAGUGUAAGGCUCGCGGCGGCGCGCAUACCGGCACGCUGGCGGCACUGUCUGGCGGUGAUGCCUCGACGUGUCGGCCGCGCCGCCGCGCCGUGCUCCAUGAUACGUACCCGUGUAACAUAUAAUACCGUAGGGGAACCCACGUGCCAACUGCACGAUAAUUGAUAUUACACUCUGUGUUGUGAUUUUGAACGUUCUGUAAAUUACAAAAGUCUUUGAACUACUAUUUAACAUUUGUAGACACGUUUUUAGAUUAGCACAAUUCUUCGCGUAGACACUUAGGUCGUUAACCUUUAUUAAGCAUUUAGAUUAACUAGGUAUUCGAGAUGAUGUAAGUGUACUACGUAUAACUAGAUUCAUUGUUAUAUUCAAUCAAUGUGAUGAUCGUAACGUAAAGAACAACGAUGAGUAAGCUCCAGCCCUGUCCCUCCCCGCUGAGCGACUUUUCACAAUUUCGCAUAUCCUUGAAACAAUAAGUAAUAAAAUAAAAUUCUAUUAUAUAUAUUGAUAAAUUUAUUAGGGUAACUAAUUUUUUAAGACAAUGAACUAUUAAGUGAUCUUUUAGAUUGUCUUUAUUAAUAAAUAUAUGGUGAAGGUUU